AGCAGCAACAGUGAAUUCUCCACUGUCGGCUGCAAACACGGGGACUGGGAUGGGAGGGGUAGAGAGGUUGUUGUUGGGUUAAAAAACAUAUUUUUUUUACUUGAAGCUACGUAACGGCGGUCGUCUGUGUAUAUUAUCACCUAACAAAGCCCGACGCUCACUUAAUGGAGUGUGCUGGCGGCUUGUUUAUAAUUAAUUUACUCGCUGCCCAGCAGGCAGCCGCUGCUGCCCCCAUGGUGGGGGUACGGGCGGCUGUAGGGGGCGCCGCGUGCCGCCCUCUAGCGGCCGCGUCCCGGCCGCGCCACUAGCCGAGCCCCGCGGCCACCCAGCGCCUCAAUGGCGGCCUAAGGCGGCGCCCUCCCGUGUUGGCCUCCCGAGGACGCUCGCGAACGCAUCCGACGUCGGCGGUCAGAAAGGAACAGCGCACCGAACCCUUGAGCCUCUCGAGCGUCCGGGCGGCCGCACAAACGGGCGUCCGGGACCGAUUUUAUCGGCGGAUGUCGACGGAUUGUCCCGCUGCCGGGCGGGCCGGGCCGGGCGGGCCGGGCGGGCCAGGCGGAGCGGACAAGGCGGGCCGAGUGGGCCGGACGAGGGCGCGUGCCGGCCGGCGGGUCCGGCUAGGCAACGGCGAGGCUCGGCCGCGGCCCCGGGGAGGGCGCUAGGCCGCUCAUGGCGGCCGCGGACGGGGAAGGCGGUGGCGACGCGCAGAGGGAGCGGAGAGGGAGGCGGCUACCGAGCCCCGAAGCGUUCGCGAGUCGGCCCUGGGCCACCCUGGUGGACGCGGCCAGGGUUCAGUGCGGGGAUGGACCUUCUGACUGGGAGGAUGUUGGUGCCGCUGGCACUGGAAAGGAUUCGUCGCACAAGAACCGGGAAGUCAUGCGGCUCAACAGAGAAGACAUGCACCUGUUUGGACACUGCCCCUCGCAGGACGAGUUCUACCUGGUGGGGUGCCGGCUCUGCAGCCGAUUCCUCAAGCCGCAGGCGCUGCAGGCGCACUACGAGAGGCGACACCGUGACCACGCGGUGACGGGGGCCGCCUCGCAGCCUCCGCCACCCCCCGCUGCCACCGCCACCUCCACCACCUCCGCCACCUCCGCCGCUUCUUCCGGUUCCGCUUCACGCUCGGCUCGCGAGCUGCGGGAGCAACAGCGACGCUCCUCCCGUGCCGGGCCACUGGUACGGGUGCGGCCGGGAGACCGAAGUCGCAAUGCCAGCGCCUCCCAGCCGCCCAGGUCAUCGGACAAGCAGUGCACCAGCGCGCCCAUGCCCAUCGUGAGUCUACAGAAACUCGACAGCGCCACCACUCCCCUGCGCACCACCACCACCACCACCUCCUCCUCCUCCACCACCUCCUCCUCCACCACCACCUCCUCCUCCUCCUCCUCCACCACCUCCUCCUCCACCACCACCUCCGCCAAUACCUCCUCCUCUAGGCCGCCGCCUCCGUCUGCGCCACCGCCCCCCUCCUCCGUCGUGCGGAACUCUUCAUCGCUCGCUCCCAAACAGCCCACGGCGCCAGCGACCAGGCCAGCACCAUCAUCGUCAUCGCCACCCUCCACACCUCCACCACCGCCGUCGUCAUCUUCAUCAUCAUCAAAACCACAGGGUGGCGGAGGCGGUGGCGGCGGUGGGGGUACAAAGACGCAAGCCAGGCCCGAAGGCCCCAGGGUGAACUCGCUUUCUGCUGGUAGCGGCGCCACCUCUUCAUCGUCGUCGCCGUCAUUGUUGUUGUCUUCCGUCAAAUUGGGAUCGUCGAACUCGGUGUCGCUGCCGGUGCGGCAGAACACUACCGCUGCUACCUCAUCGGCUGCUCCCCCUGCGCCGCUCUGCGGGUCUCCCGUUCCUCCUCCUCCUCCGCCUCCUCCUCCUCUUCUUCCUCCUCCUUUGCUGCCACCGCAAGCAGCGGGCGGAGGCAACGGCGGUGGCCGGCGCCGCCCCCCGCCGGCGUCUCCCUCGCUCCGAGCCGGAGCCGUCGCCAACAGCAGCAGCAGCAGCAACAGCUACCACAACCACCACCACAACAACAACAACCACCACAACCACAACCACGGCGCCGGAGCCAACGCGGCCGCGGUUGUCCCGAACGGGAAGGGCCCCGCCGCGGAGAUCGCCCGGAGGCGGGAGGACGGAAGGAGCGUCCCGCACCGCAAGGCGGCGCUGGCGCGAGAGCCGGACGCGGGGCGGCACCGCGGCGGCACGGACGUGGAGAGCGGCCGGCGGCCGUGCCUGCGCUCGCUCGCCUGCAAGACCCCCUCCUCCCCGGGCCAGCGCCGCUCGACUCACUCGCGCCGCAAGGGCAAUGGCGCCGUCGCCGACGUCGCGGCGACGCCGGCCCCGGAGCACCGCUCGCGCUCGCACAGCCGCGACGGAGCCCGGCAUGGCGCCGCGCCGCCCGGGCCCUCGCCGGCGCCGCCGCUGCUCGCGCCGGCCGCCGGAGCCGGGUGGCGCGGGGACGACGUUUUGACGGUGCAAGCGGACGGGGCGGGAGAGGAUUGGGCGGGCGCUGGCGACGGAGUCAACGCUUUGGCCAAACUCCGCUCGUUCAAUCCCAGGUCCCACACCCGUAACCUCCAUGCGGUAACAACGCUGGCGGCUCGCGGUGGCAGCGGCAGCGGCGGCGGCGGCGUUUCAACCUGGCCGUCCCCGCCACCGCAGCAGCAGCAGCAGCAACAACAACCGCCGGCGUCGUCGUCGUUUGAGAGUGGCGAGGCCGCCCCUCCGCCGCCCUUCUACGUGGUGGGGGGCAGCCCCUGCCCCCGCGGUAGUGGCGCGGGGUGGCACACGUCCAGCGACGAGGGCGGCUGCCCCGACGAGCCGAGCGGAGGGGCGAGCGGCGGGGUGGGCGCAAGCGGCGGUAUCGGCGACUUCGGGAGCGAGGGACUGGUGAUUGCGAGACACCCGGCGCCGCUGGGGGUGUGCACGUUUGGCGCGCGGCAGCUGUCCCCCGGGCUGCACUCGUUCUCGCGCACGUGGGGUCACUUCCGCGUGGCCUUCUCCUGCAUGGUGGAGCGCCACCUGAGCACGCACAUGUGGAGGAGAAUCCCCGCGGCGUGCGAGCCCUCGCCGCCCACAAUGCCGGUCCCAGCCGCCGCCGGCACCGCGGCCGCCGCGUCCUCCUCCCGGCCCUCCCCGUCUCCCGGCAACUGCGGCAAACGCGUCGCCGCGGCGAGCGCCGUUCCGACUCCGUCCCCUCCGGCGCCACGCCGCUCGCCCGCGCCGCGCAAACCCGGCAAGUGCCGCCCCCGACCGGGGCGGCCGGCGAGCCGCGACGCGACUCCGCCGAACCCGGGCAGCGCCGCCAAGAAGAAAAAGUGCAGCGUCGCCGCCGGCGUUGCCACCGCCGCGCCCGCCGCGCCCGCCGCGCCCGCCGCGCCCGCCGUGCCCGCCGCGCCCGCCGCGCCCUCGUCUUCCGCCUCUUCCUCCUCCUCGUCGUCGGCCGCGGCCCCCGGGCCGGACGCCCCCAAACGGAACUGCGUAGCGCUGUCGAGCGGCGCCGACUCGGGAUGGGUGGCGGCCGCGGCGCCGGCGGCCGCGGUGCAGCCGCCGCCGCCGCCAUCGCGUCGGCGCGGUUCGCCCUCGCCGUCCUCGUCGUCCUCCUUCUCGUCGUCGUCGGGGUCUUCGUCCUCAUGCUCCUCCUCGUCGUCGUCGUCGGCGUCGUCUCCGCGCCAUCGCGGCGGAGCCGGCGGCGGCGGAGCCGGCGUCCGAAGCGGCGGGCACCGGCAGAGGGCGGGUGCCAACGCCGCCACUCCCCCGGCAACGGCCGUGGCGGCGGCGGCGGCACGUUCGCCGGCGCUCCCCAGCAAACAGCACCAUCGCCAUCAUCACCAUCACCACCACCACAACCGCCACCAGCAGCCGCAGCAGCAGCAGCGGAACCAGCCCUCUGCGGCCUACCACGCAAACUCGCACACACCGCCCUUCAAGCCGCCUGAAGGCAAGAAGGGGAAAGGUGGCGGCGGCGGCGGCGGCGGCGGCGGUGGCGGCGGCGGUGGCGGCGGCGGCGGUGGCGGCGGCGGCGGAGGCGGCGGCGGCGGAGGUGGCGGCGAAGGCGGCGGAGGCGGCGGUGGCGUGGAGGGCCGGGCGGCGGGCCCGACCCUGAAGGCGAACAAGGUGGCGAAGGCCGUGGACAUGGACUGUGUCCACGCGAGGACGCACGGAGCACGGGGCCACAGGAGCAGCGAGAGGGCGGUCGUCGGGCGGCACGACAAGAGCACCGGCCUGGCAUCUCCCGGCCGGCAGAGGCCCUCCUCCACGCCGAGCCCCCUGCACCGGCCCGCGAGGUGACGAUGGCCGUUUGACACAGACGGGGAAAGGAAAAACACGACGACUAAAAACGCGAAGCAACCGACGGAGCAGUCGCCGAACGGAGCAGGCACCAAACAGCGGCUCCCCGGACAGCCCUGCCCGGCGCCGAGUUACUGCGGGACCCCGCUUGAAAUCCCCCUGCUGACCGAGGACCCACCCACCCACCCCGGGGGCCCACCCACCCCGGGGGCCCACCCACCCCGGGGGCCCACCCACCCCGGGGGCCCACCCACCCCACCAAACCGUCGCUCCCGGGGUCGUCUUCAUCGCCGCCCGUUUUCCACCAAAAAAAAUGUACACGAACUCGGCGACGCGACGUGGCUCCUGCUGCUGCUGCUCCUGCUGCUGCUGCAACAGGGGAGGGGGACGGCACGUUUGGGGGAAUUUCGCAAAUCCAAGAUAGCCCCGGUGGUGGGGAACUUUUGGCUGGUUUUACAGACUCGCGCGAAACACAAGUCCAAAGAUGCACUCGGCGCGACACGACCCCCGCCCAGUCCGACUCCUGCCGCCGUCGUCGGCGGCGGCGGCGCCACCUCCCGGCGAGCCUCGCGCGGCAGGGGGUAAAAAGAAAAUGGGACGUCGCAAGCAAGUGUUACUCCGACGCAAUAACGGGGGGCGGGUGGGACCUCGAGUCGAGUUCACCGCUCUGCAGGGAGGCCGCCCGUGUCUUUCUUUCUUUCUCUGUUCUUCUGUCGCGAACAUAUUUCCCGUCGGUCGAGCUCGAUUUUUUUUGUUUAAAUAAGAAACAAACUUCUUCACCUGCUGCCUGGGGGUGAGAGCAACCCGGAGGGGGUUUCGGGGCAGAGUUGGAGUCCGCCCCCCCGUCGUUCUCCAUUGGCUCGACUGCCGCGCGCGGCUGCGACUAAACCCCGAGACGCCUUUCUACCCCGCGCGCCCCGUUUUUUGCUUCGUUUAACUUAUCGUGUUUUUUAAUUUCCAGUGUAAAUUUCAAUCUCAACAUGCUUGUACGAAUUUAAUUUAAUUUUAAUUUGGGGGCCGGUGGCCUCGACUGUGCGAGCGUGUGCCGCUCCCGAGCUGCUACUAACGGUUUCCUGCAGUCGACGUGUGUUCUAACGUUUGAGCCAGAAUUGUUUUUUUUUUACUUUUUUCCUUUUCGCCGGUAGAAAUUCGGGUGGCGGUGGGUGGGUGGGUGGGGGGCACGAGUCGUGGACACUGGGUAAUCGCGCGCACAAACGCACACUCGCACGCUCGCUCGCUCCUUCUCUCUCUCUCGCUCGCUCGCUCGCUCACACAGGCAGGUCCCUGUUGCUUUCUAGAAUCGCAGUUGGGGCCAAAAUAAAAAAAAAACCGCUCGCAAAGAUAACCCUGACAGAGAAACGACGGUCGCCGGUCGCCGGACGCUGCGGCCGGUCCACAAAAGCUCUCCGCUGCGACGAACGAACAAAAGACUCCCACCCCCCCCUCCCCCUGGCUUCGAUGGGAUUCGUUUGUGCUCGUCGGCGCUCCCCAAGUGCUGCGUCGAUGUGUUUGCUGUCGGUCCGCGGGUGCCUGCGCACGCGACGUGUCAAGUGGCAUUAUGGACGCGAGUGGAGGUUUCGCGAAGCUGAGCGUGACGAGAAAUCGCACUCGUGGCGGGAGACGGUACAGUCGCUUUGUUAUUAUUAUUAUUUUGUUUUUAUAAAUUAUUGUUGUUGGAGUCGCGCACACUAAGGCAGGAACGUGAACGCUGCGUUCCUCCCAGCGUUGCGUCACGGUGCAGGUUGACCGGUUUACCCAGGCCCCGUGACGAUUCACGCACACAGCCCCCCCCCCCCCCCCAAUCUCCAAGCCAUUCCAUUCGUUUUAUUUUGCCGCAAAUCGUUUUUGUGUUUGGCCUUGGCGGUGGAUUUCGAGCGCCUCCUGUGGCUGCAGGGUUUACACGACGCUAGAUUUGAGUCCUCGCUUUGAAUCUCGUUUUCAUCGGCCACCGAUGAAAACGACAAGGUGGAUUUUAGUAACUUACGUUAAAUCUGAUUUUCGUAUACGGUGGUCACCCUCGCCGCUCCGCGCUGGCGUCCGUACGAACUGCCCUCCCCACCCCCCCAUUCCCUUCAACAAAUCGUCGUCGUCAACAGCUGCUGGGCUCCGUCCACUGCCGGAUCGGAGGCCUCCUCCCGGCACCGUCCGCUGCCGUGCGCUUCCCCCGAGGCAGGGAGUGCCCAGCGGGAGGCGGCGACGUCAGGCAAACGCCGCGGCCACCCCGUUUGUGGCGGCCACUCCGCGUGGCGCAUUCCACCCCGAGGCCUGUGGAGAUGAUCGUAGGGGGGGAGGGGGGCAGUGUGUUUGUCGUUCAGCUCCGUGCGCGUUGUCGGUUGUUUUAUUGGACAUCCGUCCGGUUCACCGCGCACGACGUCCGCGUGAGUCGGUGGAGCGGGCCCCGAGUCUUACGACCGAUGGUGAAUUCCGGCGAGUGACCACAACCGACGUCUUGCCAAGUGCGCGUGCCCACGCUUUCGUCGGCCCGCUGGUGGAUGGUGGCCUCCACAGGCCGUGCGCGGGUCUCGACCGUACUUCACCGUGCUGGUCGGUGCAGGGCGGCGAAGGUAGGCAGGGGGUAGACGUUCGGAGCGUAGGUAGAGUACAAUGCUUUUUUGCUGCACCGCCCACAACGUAGCCUAUAGCACCUGCUAUGCAUGGUGGCCACCCACUGAAAAACACGAUCCAGGCUCAAAAUCCCGCUUCGCUUCUGAGAUCGGAUGAGAUUGGGCACGUGUUUUUAGGGUAUGGUUAUUGCUGUAAUUAAUGAAUGCUGGGAAUAGGUGUUGAGUCACUGUCGAUGGGACACAGCACCUACUGAGGUAUAUAUAUACAGUACACACAGAUAUAUACAGAGGCAAGAGGUUUUGGUCAUGAAUUGGCAUCUUUGUCGGCCUUGAUCAAUCCACUGCUGGAUGAAGGCCUCCCCAAGAUGCCGACGUGUAACAACGCGCCUAACACCUGCACCGCUCCGUCUCUCGGUGGACGUCCUCCCCGUCGUCGUCGUCGUCAUUGGCCAAUUAUUUCAACGUGUGGACGAUUUUACGUGAAAAUAUUCACGAAUGCUUCCAGAGUCGUCCCCUCCCCCCCCCCCCCAAAAAAAAAAAACUACUUUGGGGGACUGAGUCGCAUCGCCCGCAUCCGCUUGAUGUUCCCGCCGCUGGUACGUCGUUCCGACAAAAAUACAAAAUUCGACGAAACCACGUCACGGCCAACGCGCGAGGUCCCGCCGCUAUUCCGCGGUUUAUUCGAUUCGGCCUCGGGCAGCCGGUUUGCGUCCGCAGCCCGCAUGGAUUCAUAUUUUGGGAUCUUGUCAAAUUGGAAGUUUUGUCGUCGUCGUCGCUGUUGGUCGUCGUCGUAACCUUUCUCUUCUCUUGUUGCGUAAACUAAAUUUAUUUUAUUUUCACCUUUCGUUUCUUUUGUGUGUGUAAAAAAAAAAUCUCCCACCAGAACAAGCCAUGUUUUAUGAAAUACAAAAGACCCAACGGAGUACGGCCACGCUGGAAAUAGUCAAACUGGAAGCGCGUGACUUGAGGGGGGCAGCGGCAGUGGUGGAGGAGGGGGCAGUGGGGGCCCCGGGAGAGGGGUGCCCCCCCCCCACGGGAGAGGUGCCCCCCCACGGGAGAGGUGCCCCCCCACGGGAGAAGUGCCCCCCCCGAAGAUGCCGCCGCUGCGGCGAUGGCCCGCGAGACGGAAUCGGGACGCGAACGGGCCCGGUUGGCAGCAAAAACCCCUUUGCUUCAGCGAUGUACAGUUGCAUUUGAUUUUUUUGGUAAAGAAAUAUGAUGUGUAUAUGUAGAUAAAUAUAUAUUAAAUAAUUUAUACGUUAUUUAUAAAAAAUAUGAAAAUGGGGGACAAAAAAAUAAAGCGAUUUGAAGUCAA